GUCAUUAAAUACAUCAAAUUAAGUUAAAUUCAAGUUUAUUUUUUGUUGCAUUGACUGUUGUAUUAUUAGGAUUGAAAUAUUAUGUUUAGACUUUGCCUUGCUAAAUCAGAAGGAUAUUUUUAUAGUUCUUUGAAUCCUGUGUUUAUGUGUAGGUCUUAUGGGGAUGGCCAUAUGUCUUCGAACUUUCAUUGGUCAGACCACCAUGGCAAUACCAGAAACAAUUCUACCAUGUCAAAAAUGCAGCACCAGUAUUGGGUAACAAAAGAAACUGUACUUAAAAAGCUUGGUAAAAAACAAGAUGAACAUAUAGUUGCAAGUGAUGCCGAGCUAGAUGCCAAGCUUGAAUUAUUUAAGUCAAUCCAGGAGAGCUGUUUAGAUUUACAGAGAAUUAUUGAUAAAUACCAGGAAAGGUUAUGUGUCCUUGCACAGGAGGAAAACUCUAUGGGUCGUUUCUUAAAAGAAUCAGGUAAAGCUGAUAAGACUGGGGCAGGAAGUUUAAUGAUAUCACUUGGGAAGACUAUGUCACAAGCUGGUCAGCAACGAAUUUCUUUAAGGUCUCCACUUUUGCGACUUUUCCAGGAAGUGGAAACAUUUAGGCAAAGGGCGAUUGAAGAUACUGAGAGAACUGUGCAAGCGAUGGAAAAAGCUCGUACUAAAUACAGAGCUUCUCUUUCUUGGAUGAAGGAUGUUUCUCAGUCAUUGGAUCCCGAUGCUUAUUCUCAGUUAGAGAAAUUCAAAAAGGUGCAAGGUAAGGUAAAGACUAACAAAACCCAGUUUGAUCAGUUCAAAGUGGACACCCUGGAAAAGGUAGAUUUGCUGGCAGCAGCGAGAUGCAACAUGUUCUCUCACGCCCUUUCUCAAUACCACAGCAAUUUGCUCAAAUUCGCAGCUGGUUCUGCGGCUGCCUAUCAGGCCAUCGCCGACGUUUGUUCUGAACAUCAACAUUUUGAGUGGAACGUUGUGAAGGAACUGUCCGAUUUAACGCCUUUAGAGCAACAGCAACCACAACAGCCAGAAGCUCCUGAUUCUGAUGAAAAAUUACUGAAUUUUGACGAUGACCUUGAGCCGAGCCAAACUGACAAAGAGGCUAGCAAUGACAUGGCUGCCGAGGACCAGCUGACGGAAGACGCUAGUUCAAUGCUGGCUGCGCCUGGCUCUGGAUAUUUGCCAUCCCAAUUGCUCCUCAGCGAAGGCCAGUCAUUCUUCUCCGAUCAGCUAGAUAAAGGAAAGACUUCAGAAAAAAAACCAUCAGAUACGGAGAAAAGCGAAAGUUCGUGGCUGGACCUCAUCUCAGAGCUGGAUCCUUUGGCAAACCCCGACUCGGUCGGGCAAAGGGCGACCCUGGAACCUUUCGGUGAUUGUUAGUGUGCCAUCGUGGCAUUUAGAAUCUCUCUUUCUACAUUGUCAGCUCCGAUUCAACUCAAGAUAACUAUUUUCUAAAAUCUUUUUUAUAUUUUUCUUGUUGUUUUUGGGUUUUAAGUUAAAUACUUGCAAAAAUUUUAAACUGGGAGGUGUUCAGAUAAUCUAGUUUUUAUUAAUCUUUUAAGAUUAGUUUAAUACUUCAACAAUGAUUGUAUUGUGACGAGUAUAUAUAAGGGAAAUUUGAAAUGAAAUGAAACAUUUCACAAAUUUCUUUUCCAUUAAUCCAAAAAUAAUAAUAAAUUGUCCAAAAAUAAUUUACUAUAUAUAUAUAGGACAAAAAAUGAAAUGUAAUAUACAUGUAUGUGAUUACUGGUAUUAGUUUUAUUUUUAUUGUGUAUAUAAAUAGAUUAAAAGGCAAUAGUAUAUAAUUGAUAACUAUUGAUAAGAAUAUUAUGCUAGUUAUACCUAUGUUUUAUUUAUUUAACUCCAUCUGGCAGAAAAAUAAUCUAUUUAUCCAUAUCUAAUGCUUAUACCCAUAGUCACUUAUAGUGUUUUCCUGUAAUAUAAUACUGUUCUAUUAUUUUCAACAUAUUUACAUUAAAUAUUUGUUGGAGGUCAAUUGGUGAUCCAUCUCUUUUAAAGUUAUUGCAAGUGCAUUCCGGAGGAAUAUUAACUUAUUUUAUUUAGUAAACCUUUUUCUUCCUAGUUUUGGAUAGCAAUGUUUAAUAAGUUAUCAGUUUGGUGGGGUUGGGGUUUCUACAUAAAAAAGUUUAUCUUCACUGAAGUUUGAGGUUUAGGAGAAAAGGGUUAAUUCAUUUUAUUAUAUUGGUGAACGAUUGAUUAACAGAGGAGCAUGUCAUAUUUUAGAUUUUGAUAACAGCUUCAAAUAAAUUAUGAUUAGCAUUGGAAACAUUUAGUGCACACUCACAUUUAGUGCUUGUCUAAUAUCUCUGCCCUUCCAAACAGUCAGCAUCAAAAGACACUCCGCUAUGUAUGGUUUCUGAAAAAAAAGAGAAGUCUGCCAAGUAAGGUCAGUAUAACUUCCUCGCCGUUUUCAUAAACUAAAAAAUAUUUAUGUUACAAGGUCUAACAUUUUUUGUAUAAGAAUAAAAUCACCAGAAGAAGCCGUUUUCGGAAAUUCAGUAAUUCCUCAACUUGUACGGGUUUGAUAGUUUUGUUCAUUGAAUACUAAAAUGUGAAAGAGUUCUGCAUUUGCAGAUUGCAAAUUUGAUGAUUCGUGAUUAAAAAAAAUUUCCAGUGCAUACUGAACAUUAAAAUCACUACUGUUAGUGCAAAAGACAGUAUGUAAAAAUUGAAUGUUUUACAGGAGUGCAUAAGAACUAUUUGUUUCUUUAUGAUUUAUUAAUAUAAUUUCAUAUUUUAUUGCUCUCUGUUAUUUUUUAUUGUAGCAGACUGCUUAUAUCAGUUGCAGACAACAAAAUAUCACCUUUUGCACUAUCAGUAGUGAUAAAUACUUAAUAGGAAAAAUUAAACUUUUUGUUUGUUCAGAAUUAACUCUCAUAUAAAAAUAUGUGUGAAGUUCACACAUUUUUGAUAUUUAAGGAUGAAAUCAAGACCACAACGAGCUAGUAAAACUGUGAUAGAAAUAAACACAAUCACAAAUAAGAAUUUUUUUUUAUACACUCAAG